AUGUCGCUCGCAUUAGGAAAGCGCAAGCGCGCAGUAACAUCUAAAACAACACUUCCGUCCAAGAAAGCCACCCUCGCGAAAUCAGCCCCAACACCACCUGCGGCGCCAGAACCAGAAUCCGAUGCAGAAGACAGAGAAGCGCUGAACGAGGCAUUUCGUCGCGCAUUCGAGAAGCGAUUCAAAGCGAUCGAAGAGGACAAGCCCGAAGAAGUCGAAGAUGAAGAGGAGGAACUAGACGAGGACGAGGAUGAGGACUGGGAUGGCCUAUCAGAAGAGGACGAGGACGACGAAGACGAGGUCGAAGUGGUCGAGCACAACAUGUCCAAUUUCUCGCGCGAACGAGCAGACAAAGCUGCAUUGAAAGCAUUCAUGUCCUCCAAACCACCCACCUCCACAGACUCACCAAGCACAACAACCAAACAACCCUCGAAAAAGAAAGACGAAGACACCGAAGGCGGCACCACAGAACAAGAAAACCUCAAAGACGAUCUCGCCCUGCAACGCCUGCUCAAAGAAUCUCAUCUGCUAGACGCAACAUCCCUCUCUACUGAUCCCUCUGGCAAAAACCGACACAAAGCCACCGAUCUGCGACUCCUCGAACUCGGCUCCAAGACUUCGAUUUUUGCACAGAAGAAUAUGCCUAAACAUCAACGGGUGGGUAUUCAGAAGAAGAAGGAGAGUAAAGAGUUUGAGAGGAGGAGGGAGGCCAAGGAGAAUGGUAUUGUGCUUGAAAGGGUCAGAAGAGAGGGGACUGAUGGUAAGGGAGGUGGCUUUGGGGGUGGUGAUAGGAGGGAGAGAGGUAUUGGAAACCCGAGUGUGGGCAAAUUCAGUGGUGGCACGUUGAGGUUGAGCAAGAGAGAUGUGGAUGGUAUCACUGGGCCGAAGAGCAGUGGAAGAGGAGGAAGAGGAGUACGCAACGCCGUCUAUAUCGCCGUUGCUGCCAAAAGCAAUACUGCUGCUUCCUCAAAUAUCCAUACCGGAGAGCUCUGGUUCCCGAGCUUGCAACACAGACGUACCCACCAGCAGCGCAGCCACCGCAUUCACGAUGGAUCUACCGGUAGCUGA